AUGUCGAGCUCUGGCAGCCGCUCCGUCGACGAGGUGGAUCCAGACUAUGAGCUUGCCCUCCGCAUCGUCUUGGAGCGGUCCAAGGUGGACACCGGGGGCAGCUCCAGAUCUGCAGCCUCGCCGCAGCCGCCGCCACUUCCCCAUCGGCGCAUCUCGGACGCCGACGCUGGCCCCUCCCGGCCCAUGGGCAGUUCUGACAGGUGGCCAGUGCAAUCGGCGCCUCCUGCACGCCGUCCCAUUGCCCCGUCUACUGCUGCUUCCCCGCGCCGUCCCCUCGCCCCGCCGGCUGCUGCUCCCCCUCGUGGGCGGCGGUGGGUGCUUGUGCCCGCCCCGCCGGCCCGGACGCGCACGGCGGAGUCGGAGGCGCGCAUCGCCCGCCGCGAGAGGCAGCGUGCAAGGGAGACGGAGGCUGUGGAGAGAUCUGUCCGCCUGCGGCGUGAGUUACCGGCGGAGCACGACGAGGACCAGCAGCUCCUCGUGUGGAUCUACCGCCGGACGCUCUGCGGGAAGAACGCCAAGGCUCUUCGGCUUGCCAUCGAGCUGUCCGAGCGCGAGGCGUUGGAGAAGGCGAAGGAGGCGGCUCGGCUGGCCAAGCUCAGGUGCUAG